UCAGCUAAGAUUUAUUUUUUCACUACACAAUACAAAUGGAGCUAACUAUUCUUCUUUGUGCUCUACUUCUAGUUUUGCCUUUACUUGUUACUAAAUUGUAUAAAGAGUGUAAUAGUAAGAAAAAAUUACCUCCAGGCCCUUGGAAACUCCCAUUGAUAGGAAACUUACAUCAUCUUAUUGAUUGGCAAUCAUCUGAGUUACUACCUCAUCGUACUCUUGCUAAAUUAGCAUCAAAACAUGGAGAUUUAAUGCACAUGAAACUCGGUGAACGCGAAGCCAUUGUUGUAUCAUCACCUCAAAUGGUUAGAGAAGUGAUGAGAAAACAUGAUCUCAUCUUCUCUAAUCGGCCAACGCUUUUGGUUGGAACAGAAAUGUUUUAUGACCAUGCUGAUAUGGGAUUUUGUAACUACGGUGAUUUCUGGAGACAAAUGCGUAAAAUUUGUAUUCAGGAAUUACUUAGUCAUAAAAAUAUUCAGUCAUUUUAUCCCAAUAUGAUGAAUGAGAUAACUAAUCUUGUUAGUUGUAUUAAAAGUAGUGCUUCUGAGGGUGGAAGUUCAAUCAACAUGACGGAAACGUUGUCUUUGUACACAAAUUCGAUUAUUUGCAAAGCAAGUGUAGGCAGGGCUUGUAAGAAUCAGGGGUCUUUGAUUGAGAUCAUGAGGACAGUGGCUGCUUCAGCUGGAGUGUUUGAUCUCGCGGAUCUUUUUCCAUCGAUGAAGAUGAUUCAUUUCAUUAGUGGAUUAAAAUACAAACUGCGGAAAAUGCAUGAUGAGGUUGAUGUUGUUUUAGAAGAAAUUAUCAAUGAACAUGAAUCCCAAAAUAGCGAGACCUCAGAAGAAGAUAUAGUUGAUGUUCUCUUAAGGCUUCAAAAGAGCCAAGAUUUUUCAAUUCCUAUCACAAGAGAUAAUAUCAAGGCUAUAAUCAUUGACUUGUUUGCAGGAGGAUCUACAACUUCAGCAUCAACAAUGGAAUGGGCUUUCUCAGAACUAAUGAAAAAUCCCGAAAUAAUGAAGAAAGCACAGGAUGAAGUAAGACAAGUAUUUAAAGGAAAGGAAACUACAAUCGAUCAAGCCGAUAUUCAGAAACUCAAAUACAUAAAAAUGAUUGUUAAGGAGACAGUAAGGUUUCAUCCUUUAGCUCCGUUAUUAGCUCCAAGAGAAUCGAGGGAAGAGUGUGAGAUUAAUGGCUAUGUUAUACCUAAAGGCACAAUGGCUCUUGUCAAUUUUUGGGCAAUUUCAAGGGAUCCAAACUAUUGGCAAAAUCCUGAAAUAUUUGAUCCAGAGAGAUUUAAUGAUAGUCACCUUGAUUUUAUUGGAGCACAUUUCGAGUUUACGCCUUUUGGCACAGGAAGGAGAAUCUGUCCAGGGUUAUCAUUUUCAAUGGCUACUGUUGAACUUAGUAUAGCACUAUUACUAUACCAUUUUGACUGGAAACUUCCAAAUGGAAUGAACCCUCAUGAACUAGACAUGACUGAGAAAUUUGGCAAUGCUCUUGAAAGGAAAAACAACUUGUUCUUGAUUCCUUUGCCCUAUGUUCGUGCCUAAUGCAGGACACAAGAGCCCUAUAUCUAUAUAUAAUUCUACUAUAAGAAUAAAGUUGUAUCAAGAUUCCAUUUUGUCUUUCCAUUGUACUGUAAAAGAUAUGCAUUUCUAUCGUUUUAGUAUAUGUUACAAGAACACCUUAUAGUAGACAUUCAAGUCCCAUAUCUUCUUAAUUUUCUUUCAUUUCAAAGUUUGUUUCACUAUUCAUGCUUCUUUGAGUUUUUCAAAAACACCACAAGGUGUGUGUUAGGUCCUCCAAAAGUAAUACAUUUUUACGGGUGAGACUUUAUUUUUGGAGAGUCAGAGCAAUAAAGGAUGAAACUGUUAAAAGAGAAGUUAUGAAAGCAACAAUACACACCUAGUCCGUAACCAAAAACGAGUCUUUUGUCUUCCAUAGUUUUUCAAACAGGACAUAACCAUCUAAGGCCAGCCCUAAGUCUAAGUUGAAGUUACAGGGCUGGGAGGUAUGAGUUGAUCGGAUGCAGGGAAGCCCGGGCAAUCCGUUCCUAUCAAUCAUUCGUCAGGAACAAGAAAGGGUGCUUUGCCAAUGACUGAGGAAGGUCGUCUGCUGUGUCUUACCGAUUCUCCGAAGACCAUACCAACACUAGU